AUGGGAAGGCUGCAUAUUACCGGAUGCCCCGGUGACGCUCUUGUUGCUGCAACGGCAGCCAACAAUUAUCGCAAACACUGUUUCAUACCAGUACAUAGACCAGUCAUCAGCUCAGUGGGCAUGAAGAUACACAGUAGUGACGCCUAUGAGAAAGCGCCAACAGUUAAAAUAGACAUUGAAGAGGAUCUACCAAAGGACCCAACUGCAGGUGACGCGAGCCUCUAUCAAUGGAAGUGUGAUAUGGCCGAUAUACCCGGGGCAUGGCAUAUUUACUAUCCACUGUCUCUUAAGGAUACCGUAGGGUUGAGCCCAAAUGCUGGUCUCAGACCUUCAGUACUGUUCUGCGACAUCAGCGGAUCCGUAACCGGACCGCAGCAUCCAGACUCGGGAAAGGGCGCAUUCGUACUUGAUGCUGGCGAGAGUGUUGAUGUUGACGAUUCUGAAUCAUAUGUUCACAACAGAAGACUCGCUAUGAUCAUGCUUAGUGGAAAGAACUACUCCAACAUAAGACUAGUACUUCUUGGCAGAAUAUUCUAUUCGAAAAAUUACGUACUCAACGAACUCAACGGACUCGUACAAAUGAGGGCAGCCAUGUUCAUCGGACAAGCAUUUGUAGAGACAUACCUAGACAGCGAAGGAAAUGAAGUCGACCCGCUCACCUGGGAGUACCAGGCACUUAACGAAAGGGGGUCACCAUUCAGAUGGAUGCACGGCAAUGACAAGUGGAAGUUACUUGGGCCGUUUACUUCUUACAGAGUAUUAGGGCCAGAUGUUAAGGUGCCUCAUAGACCCAUGAUUUUUGACAACUAUAGCGAUCUAGAAAUAUACAACAUGGUGGACCCGCUUAAACUAAAUAAAACGCCAUUCACACAGCUGGAUAAAGUAGAGCAAGAGACUAAACGGGUUAUCGAUGCGGUUUUCGAACCGUCUGACGAUCCAAAAAAACAAUUUCAGGUUCCUCAAACAUACGUCAACGAAUUUUACCAAGAGAUGGUAGAACUCGCAAAAGAAGGUCCACAAUAUUACAAAGAUGUUAUGGAAUGA